AUGCAGCAGUUCACCUUUGGUAUCAUUCCCCCUCCCACCUUCCCUUCCUCAAUCAUCCUCUUCACCCCCUUUAUAUCAAUCUCCUUCACCAGGCUGUUUGGGUCCUCCCGAUCCCCCAGUAUCCCCGCCACGUCUGUCAGCAGUAUCAGCUUCUCCGCCCCUAAGGCCGCCGCCAGCUCACCCGCCGCCGUGUCAGCAUUGAUGUUGCUGCCCACCGCCGUCUGCCGCCACCGAGGCCACCACGGGGAUGUGGCCGGACUCCACCAGUGGCCGGAUCACUGUGGGGUCCACCCCCGCCACGUCACCAACGAACCCCAGCCGCUGCCGAGCGGACGGUCGAGCCGUCAGGAGCCGGCCGUCGAUCCCCGACAGCCCAACAGCGGUGGCCCCGGCCUGGUUGAUCAUGGCGACCAGGCCCUUGUUGACCUUCCCGACCAGGACCAUGGACACGAUUUCCAUGGUGGACGCGUCUGUCACGCGCAGACCGUCCAGGAAGUUGGGCUCGAUGCCCAGACGAGUCAGCCACUGGUUGAUCUCGGGCCCGCCUCCGUGGACGAGCACGAUGCGGAGGCCGACGCAAGCGAGGAGGACGACGUCGGCCACCACAGAGGCGCGGAGGGACUCCGACUUCAUGGCGGCGCCGCCGUAUUUGACCACUAUGGUCUUGCCACGGAACUUUUGAAUGGGAGGGCCUCCGAUAGGAUCUCGACGCGGGUUUGGGGGUCCCACUCCAUUUUUUCCGGUGGUGCGUUUGUGGAUGAUUUCAAUUGGGGUGUUUUGGUUUUGAAGUGGGGGUUCGGUUUGAGGAAGCGGACGGUGUUGAUGUGGUAUGGCGGCGGAGCAAAACUGUUGGUUUUUCCAAGGCAGGGAGAUGUGAGAGCAAGGGAUUUAGCUGCCAUGGUUGAUUGUGAGAUGAUUUGA